AGAAUUUUUUUUGGCCGGCGAGGUGUGCUAGGGUGUGCUAGAGUAUCUCCAAGCCUAGGGCUUCCGCCGUGCGCUUAGUGUCAGUACCGCCGCCUCACCCCUCGACCUCUCGCGCGCUUCGCCGCCGCAGUCGUUCCCGUUCUACCUCAUCGCGUCGCUGCCCGUCCGCGAUUAGCCACCGUCUUCUGAGAACAGAGAAGUGGCUGCUGGAUGGGCUGUAGUUAAAUAGCAGAACGAAAAGGAGACCAGUAUCACUAGCUUGUACCUCUCAUCAUGUCUCGGUCGCCACAUCUUCCUCCCCGCUGCCCGCCUCAGGGUCCUCAAAUCACAGGAAGAGAUGACAGCUUGUUCACACAGAGCUGCAGGUUUCCAUCAGAGGAUCCAUUCUUUGGUGAACCACCGUGUUGGCUAGAUGAUCUCCUUGCGGAUUCUGUGAAAAAACUGAACCUUCCGCUUCUUAGGAGAGCUUGUAGCGACUCUGAUGCUAUCUUGGAUGCAAUGAGGACAUUCCGGGUCCCAAUUUUUUCUAUUGAGGGGGAUCUGCAACCAGCAGGUGAGACCGGGGACUCGUUGGAUGCUGCUGUAAGGGGUGAAAGUGGUUCAGGGGUUGAAGUUAGCUGUGUAUAUGGGCCAAAUUCACCAAGACAGAAGUGUAGGCUGACCAGUUCAGAGAGUUCCAUUGUAAAUGCUGUCCUGGAGAAUGUUCCUAGCAACUCUUUGCAGUACCUGACCAUUGACCCGUCAACUGGUCUGCAUGGCAAUGUGGCCAAUGCAGAAGGAGAUGCAUGCGAUGAUGUAAACCAUCUAGAUCAAGACAAACCAUUUAAAAGGGGCGAAUAUGUACAUCAAGGGAUUUGCAUGGCCAACGCCGGACAGAAAACUACUAAGCUAUCAAUGCGAUCAGGCCAAAGAUCUAGGGUCCGGAAACUUCAAUACAUUGCUGAUCUUGAAAGAACUGUGGACUCUCUUCAGAACAUGGGAGCUGAUUUGGCUGUAAGAGUAGCAUCUCAUUUCCAGCUUCGCAAUGCUCUAUCGAUGGAAAACAAGCAACUGAGGAGACAGAUUGCUAGUCUUCAGCAGGCAAAACUAAUGAAGGAUGGUCAAACACAUUUCUUGAAGAAGGAAACUGAGAGGUUGAAGCAGAUCUCUGUGCGUCACCGCAGGAGCAGGAGUGUCACUUCUUGUUUUGAACCGGGCUCAAUUGGAGCAGACCCAUCAGCAAUCAAUUGGCAGACACUUGACAUGUCAAACCUGAGCUUAAACGGCAGUCCUGUUCCUGUGCCCCCCAGAGGUGGCUAUGGCCUGUAAAAGCAGCCUGCUUUGACCCCGUUGAGAUGAGAUCGCGGCAGUAAUUCUUGGACGUGCUUAACGAUUCACUAACCUGACAAACCAUAUAGAUUCAGAGGGUUUAAUUCUUUAGUUGGAAAAAAGUAGUCAGUCCAGUCAUCACCGGAAACAUAAAGAGGUCGUCAGUCAAGUUUACCUUUUGUAGUGGUGAUUUGGUUGCCAUUGAUGUAUGUGCUAUGUUAGCCACUUAGCCCUCUGAAUGUUUUUUCUCUGGUUGCUAUCUUGUGGAUAUUGUUGCAUAAGCUUCUGAGGAUGUUGGCGCAAA